GGGCAUUGAGCCUUGGCGUGAGUGAUUGAGCCCCGCAUCGCCAUGGACACAGCGUGUGGCAACAAAUGGGCUGAGGAAAGCAAGAACCUGAUGAGGAGCCAGACUUUUAACCUGCAUGCCUAAAAUAAUCCAGCGAAUCAGCAUCAACACUCACAUAAGGAACCAUUUCUCCAGGCACCGUCUUUCUAUCACAGUAAUUAUCAACAGCGGCUCCAUGGCUCAGGAUGAGAGAGAAGCAGGGAUGGCCAGCCCCACAAGCGAUCCGGAGGUGGGCAGGGACGGGGAAGAUCUGACAAAAGGCCCGGAGGUACUUUGUGAAGGCCCUGAAGGGGAGAAGAGUGAGAAGGCUCUGCUGCGGGCACGCCUGGAAGAGCAGCACCGCCUUAUCUGUGUGCUGAAGAAGAAAGCAGAUGACGCACGCAAGCGCUGCAAAGGCCUGGAGCAGCUCAACAUGGAACUGGAGAAACUGAGGCUGGAGGACGCCGUGAAACUGGAAAGCCAGACCCAACGCGUCCGGCACUUGGAGGGGCGCUUCGUGGACCUGGCCAACAACCACGAGAAAAUGAUCUACUUCAAGAAUGAGCACAAGAGGCAGAACAAGCAGCUGUGGGAGGAGAAUCAGCGCCUGCAGCAGGAGAACGAGACUCUCUUCAGCCAAACCAUACAGGAGAAGGAAGCCGAAGUGUUCCAGCUCGCUGCCCAGGCCCAAAAUCUCUCGCAGCAGUUAGACUCCUUACACGAGAAACGCGCUUACGAGAGUUGCAGAGCCCAGGAGCGUGAAAAGGAGCUGCUGGAAGCCCAGAGCCAGCAGGCGAGUGCCCAUGCCCGGGAGGUCGAUGCGCUGAAGCAGCAGCUGCAGUGCCUGCAGGAGGAGCACCAACAAAUCGUUGCGCAGGUAGAGCACGGAGAGAGCCAGCAGAAGGCUCAGGACAGCGAGCUGCAGGCCAAGCUGGAGAAGGCGAACGAGGAGAAAGAGCAGCUGCUGACCCUGGCCAUGGAGAGGGGCAAAGCCCUGCAGGACAAGCAACGGGAGAUCAUGCAGCUGGGGAAGAAGCUGGAGAGUGCGGAGAGGGCCAGGCUGAGAGCAGAGAAGCGCUUUGUGAAAGACGCAGCAGCAAACUAUCAUCGGAUGGUCCAGGAGCUGCAACAGGAGCUAGAGAGCAGCAAGCAGGCAUACAGCGAACUCUCGCUGCAGUUUGAUGCCUACAGAAAGCACAGUAUGGAUUUACUGGCCAAAGAAAAAGAGCUGAACGUCAAACUCCGUCACUUUAAGGCCUGACUUCAGCUUUCUGCUCUCUUCUCAUCUCAGCAGGUGCCUCUGGUGUAGCACAGCGCUUCUUUUUGUUCCUUUUCAUGCGACCGUCCUCCAGCAGGUCUCUCUGUCAUGUACUUACCAGCUUAAAUCCUUCUGAAACAACUGUUCCUAGCUUCUUAUUUUUUUUCGGUUACUGUUACAUAAGUAAGAGCUCGACACCAUUAAAUCUGAGCGGGGGUUGUCACACUAGCCAAUCCACGGCAGUAACAUGAAAGAUUAGAACAGC